CUCCGAGCCUGCUCGCUGUUCUUGGUGUGGUGGUAGAGCACCGAGCCGAGCUGCAGGUGCGUGCGGGCCUCGAUGCGCUGCGGCGGCUUGAAGGGGAAUACGGCCUGCAGGCAGUGGACACACAGGCGGAUCUUGGGCGGACUGGAAGUGCGGAAGUGCUCGGCAAAGCCCAGGAGUGCCAGACCGCUGGUAUUUGGCAGCAGCGGAACGUGCCUGCACGAUACGGACUACGUCUCCCAUGAGGCCACGCGCACUAUAACAGGUUCCCCCAGGUGGUGCCUUAAGCAUUGUGGGAUUGGAUGCGUCUAAAGAUGGACAACCGGGAUGUUGCAGGAAAGGCCAACAGGUGGUUUGGGGUUGCUCCUCCCAAAUCUGGAAAGAUGAACAUGAACAUCCUUCACCAGGAAGAGCUCAUUGCUCAGAAGAAACGGGAAAUUGAAGCCAAAAUGGAGCAGAAAGCCAAGCAGAAUCAGGUGGCCAGCCCUCAGUCCUCACACCCUGGCGAAGUCGUGAACGCACAUAAUUCCUGCAUCUCCAACAAGUUUGCCAAUGACGGCAGCUUCUUGCAGCAGUUUUUGAAGUUACAGAAGGCACAGACCCGCCCCGAUCCGCUCCCCAGCACCCUGACCAGCGCCACUCCUAGUGCCCCUGCCACUAGUGCCAAGAGGCCCCUGCUGCUGAGCAAGCGCACGGGACUGGGGCUGGGCAGCCCCCCGGGCCAGGUGAGGAACUACUCACAUGCCAAGCAGCUGCCCGUGGCCCAGCGCCCCAGCGUCUUCCAGGCCCCUGAUGAGGACGAGGAAGAGGAUUAUGAGCAGUGGCUGGAGAUCAAAGUUUCACCCCCAGAGGGAGCCGAAACUCGGAAAGUGAUAGAGAAACUGGCCCGCUUUGUGGCGGAAGGAGGCCCCGAGUUAGAGAAAGUAGCUAUGGAGGACUACAAGGAUAACCCCGCAUUCACGUUUUUGCACGAUAAGAAUAGCAGAGAAUUCCUCUACUACAGAAAGAAGGUGGCUGAGAUGAAGAAGGCAGCACAGAAGCCGCAGGCAGCCCCCCAGAAAGUUUCACCCCCAGACGACAAAGAGGUCAAGAACCUCGCAGAAAAGCUGGCCAGGUUCAUAGCCGAUGGGGGUCCUGAGGUGGAAACUAUCGCCCUCCAGAACAACCGAGAGAACCAGGCCUUCAGCUUUCUGUAUGAACCCAACAGCCAAGGGUACCGAUACUACCGGCAGAAGCUGGAAGAGUUCCGGAGAGCCAAAGCGGGCUCCCCUGGCACCCUUGCGGCAGCCGACCUCAGCUUGAGGCACAAGUCCCCUCCCAAUGCCCCAGUGACGACAACGACUACGGGGCCCUUGCCUACAGCCACCGCCUGUCUUGCCUCAGCUGCCCCCACGCCCACUGUGCCCCCGACCCCGGCUAUGCCUGACAAGCCCACCUCAGCCUCCACAGCCACUGCCAAACGGAAGCGGAAGAGCCGGUGGGGUCCGGAAGAGGACAAGGUGGAGCUGCCUCCCGCUGAGCUGGUGCAGAGGGAAGUGGACGCCUCUCCCACGCCCCUGUCAGUGCAGGACCUCAAGGGGCUCGGCUAUGAGAAGGGGAAGCCAGUGGGCCUGGUGGGCGUCACGGAGUUAUCAGAUGCCCAGAAAAAGCAGCUGAAGGAGCAGCAGGAGAUGCAGCAGAUGUACGACAUGAUCAUGCAGCACAAGCGCGCCAUGCAGGACAUGCAGCUGCUGUGGGAGAAAGCGCUGCAGCAGCACCAGCACGGCUACGACAGCGAUGAGGAGGUAGACAGUGAGCUGGGCACUUGGGAGCACCAGCUGCGGCGCAUGGAGAUGGACAAGACUCGAGAGUGGGCUGAACAGCUGACGAAGAUGGGCCGGGGCAAGCACUUCAUCGGAGACUUCCUGCCCCCCGACGAGCUAGAGAAGUUCAUGGAGACCUUCAAGGCCCUCAAGGAGGGCCGGGAGCCCGACUAUUCAGAGUACAAGGAGUUCAAGCUGACAGUGGAGAACAUCGGCUACCAGAUGCUCAUGAAGAUGGGCUGGAAGGAGGGCGAGGGGCUGGGCACCGAGGGCCAGGGCAUCAAGAACCCGGUGAACAAAGGCACCACUGCAGUAGAUGGCGCGGGCUUUGGCAUCGACCGGCCAGCCGAGCUCUCCAAGGAGGACGACGAGUAUGAGGCCUUCCGCAAGAGGAUGAUGCUGGCCUACCGCUUCCGGCCCAACCCCCUGAACAACCCACGGCGGCCAUACUACUGACAGGAGCACUGCUGUGUCCCACUGCCAGCCCCGGACCAAGCUCCCGGCCCACGUGUCUGCUGCCCUCCUGUGCCUCAAGUGCCGUGCUGUGCUGUGUAUUAAAGCCCCAGUGCUCACCCGC